ACUUGCCCCGCCAUCCACAUCUAGUGCUAGAAAGCCAUUUCCGACUAAUUUACCCUGGCCACAUAAACAAGUAUCAGAACGAGCACGAAACAAAGCCAGUUCUGUUUCAAAUGUUAGUGCGCGCGUAAGUCAAACUGAUCUCUCAUCUGCUAAACCCAAAUCUAAUAAUACAGAUUUCAAAGGCUCUUCUAUUAAGAGUGUCAUUAAUACCACUUCGAAGACUUCAUCAGCUGAUAAUCUUAAUGCAAAUUAUGAGGCUCGUUAUUUUUACGAGGUGGCGUCAGUUGAUGAUGACUUUCAAGGUGUUAUCUCUCACAGACGUAAUACUAAACGUUUGGCUCUAGCAUAUGUGAAAUCCGUUCCUUACGACCAACUUCGUUCUUCUCUUACACGUUAUGCUGAAUCCCGCGGUGUAACUGUUACAUGGCUCAGAGUAAUGGCUCGUAAACAAGCUGGAUCAGAAAACGAAUGGCUACUUGUCCGAGUAAAUGUCAUCGCUUCGGAUUUCAAGAAAGCCUUGCAACACGACUUUUGGCCAAGAAAUGUCGUUUGUAGAGAAUGGGUUUCAAAACCAAUGCAUGAUAAAUCCAAACUUAGUCCUCAUCACGAUGACUGGCAUACCAACGCGCACGAAGGCGAUUAUAGCAACAAUGCAUAUCAUGAUGACAAUUCAUAUUAUGGCCCAUAUCUCGACAGAUACGACGACACAGGAUUUUAUACCUAAAAUGUCAAUGUACAGUGUAUUACUCUUAUUAACAUGUACUGUUUUCCUUAUCCAUGCAUUACUUACUGCUCGCAUAAUUUUACCUUAUUUUAUGAAUAGCCAUUUAAAAAUUGCAAACUGGAAUUGCAGAGGUGUCAUGUCUAGUAGCCCAUAUCUCAUGAAUUUAUUGAAAUCAAACGAUAUCAUCACUUUAACCGAACAUUGGCUAUGCC